CCUGGUGUUUAUGUGUACUGUCCGAGAGGGAGUGUGCUAUAGGUAUCACAGGACAGUAAAUUGAUUUAGAAACAUCUCAAAGAACCUAUGUUUUCAUAAAAUAUUACAGGUAUAGGUCUAACGGUUAUUCACGAAUAUCCGUCGUUCAGCAGUUCAGGCUGUUCUUCGGGAUUGUCAACAUCACAGUCAGUCAGGUUUCACACUGAACCAUCCAGUGGAUGUUGUGGGGUUUUAACUAGACAAAUAAAAUCUCGCUAAGCCUCAGGAUGUUUUUGUUCAAAAAGAAGAAACCCAGUGGCGAUUCCAGGAAACGUCUCGAGUACCAGCUGUGUUUGGCCAAAGAAGCAGGUGCUGAUGACAUUCUGGACAUUUCUGCCUGUGAGCUUUCAGAGGUUCCCUCCUGUGCCUUCUCUAUGUGUAAAGUGCUUCAGAAGAAAGUGUUAAUUCUUCAUACAAAUGACCUGAGGUCACUAGUACCUAAAGGCUGCUGUCUUGGUGCCUUAGCAACAUUAAAGGUCUUGGAUCUGCAUGAAAAUAAGCUCACAUCACUUCCAGAUGACAUCGGACAGCUUUCGUCCUUGCAGGUGCUGAAUGUAGAGAAAAACCAGAUCAAACAGCUGCCAGACACUAUAGGAGGUCUUCUGCAUCUACAGACACUUAAUGUAAAAGGGAACUGCCUUACUGUGUUACCUGUGUCUGUGGGUCGCAUGAGCAGCCUGCGAACACUGGACAUAAGUGAGAACAACAUCAGAGAAUUACCCAAAGAACUGGCCAGUGUUCGCACUCUGGAAAGCCUGAUCCUGGACGCACAGGUUAUGAGCUAUCCACCUGCGUCAGUGUGCACAGGCGGCACAGAGGAAGUGCAGCGCUACCUCUGCUCAGAGAUGGGUUUGGAGUAUUGUCCUCCAUCUCAGUAUCUCCUGCCUGUGCUGGAGCAUGAUGGAGGGAAGCAGGAGGUAGACUGUGUUGAUGGUGAGGCGAUAGUCUGGCAGAACAAAUUUAUGGACUAUGAGAAAAGAAAGGAGCAGAAACAAUUGGAAAAGUUGAUCUUUGAGAAAGAUCUUGAAGAGAAACAGAGAGAGCAUGCUAAACUCUUAGUCCUCAACAGCUCUCGUAAAGAGGACGUCCUGCUGUCUGUCAAACUGGAACAGGAGCGGUUAGAGUUAGGUGUAUCUCAACAGCAAAAGGCCCAGGAAGCAGAGAGGCUGAAAGUGCUGGAUAAAGUCCGCCAGGCAGAGAGCGCCGUCAUGAACCGCAUCUCUGAUCUUCUGCUUGAUAACAAACGCCAGGAAAAAAGCGCUGCAUUUCUGCAAGCCCUGGAGAAGGACCGCAUACGAAUGGAACACCUUACUACCAUCACACAGGAAGAAGCCAACUCUCUUAGGAAAAAGGAAGUGGCGGAUGCCAUGCAGAGGAUGUUGUCCGAGAGCUACUCUGUAAGGUUACUGCAGGAGGCCAGAGAAGCCAAGACAAAGUUUCUGGUGUCUGAGACCUGCAAGAGUAUGGACAAUAUGGAUAAGAAGUUUGACCAAGUGUUGUCCAUUCAGCAGCUAGACAAAAACAAAGCCAUCAGUCAGAUCCUUCAAGAGGAGGAAAUGCAGAAGGCCGCCUUUGAAGCCCUUCAGCUCCAGAAAGACAGCGUGCAUGCUUAUAUCCGUAAUCAGAUUAAACUCAUAGAGGCAGAGUUAAUGCAGCUGACAAAGCUGGAGGUUAAGAGGAGGAAUUUGGACACUGAGAACCUGCAGGAGGAGCUGUCUGACCAGAGGACGGCUCUGACUGACCUGCUGCAGCAGUUACUCAAACAGAAAGACCAGAGGGAGGAGGAGCUUAGACUGGUCUUGAUGGAGAUUGAGCAAAAGAGUGAAUCCAACCAGCAGAACUACUGGAUGAUCCAGUAUCAGAGACUUCUGGAUGCCAAACCACUGUCUCUGCGCAUGCAGGAAGCUGCGGUAGACAGAGAUCUAGGGAAUCUACUGUGCAAACUCUCAGCCCAACACUACCUGCCUAUCAUAGCUCACCACCGCAUCACUGCUGAGGCCUUGAGGCGAAUGACCGCCAAAGACCUCAGGAAGUUGGGGAUCAAUGAGGUUGGUGUGCAGAAAGCUCUUCUCCACUGGGCCAGAGAUCGAACUCUGUCUGAUCCUUUGCCAAAAACACUGAAAGAGCUGGAGGAAGCUGGUCCAUCCGCUCCAAGUGUUCCACUGCCACAUCAACUCACUCCUCCACUGACCCCCAGUGCCCCUCUCACCCCCACGACCCCAAAUCCUGACCGCUUCAACUCUGAGUGUGUGGUCUGCAUGGAGCUUGAGUCUCAGGUGAUCUUCCUGCCGUGUGGCCAUGUAUGCUGUUGUCAGACCUGUAGUGAUGCCCUGCAGUCGUGCCCUCUGUGCCGUGGCUCUAUAUCUCAGCGUGUUCGUCUUUACCACGGCUGA